GCUGUCUAAAGUGCACUUCCACUCGGAGUAUUAAUGACUACAAACCCCAGAGCGCCUGGCAUACGGGGGUUGCACACUGGUUGCUGUCUGAGGAUGGUGCACCGGUGGCUAGAAUGGGAUUAAGGAUUUGACCGGAGGAUGGCAGCGUGUGACAGGGAGAUUGUGUAUCACAACAAGGACAGUUCACAGGUGACAAAUAGAAUGGAUACUAGCGUGCUGAUGCAUUCAUUGAUAUUCGUAUUUAGUGAAGAUAUUGAUGAGUGGGAUGAUGCUGCCCUCAUUAAAUCCUAUGAAAAGGCAGUACAAUCCUUCCAGGAUAUGCUAAGAUGCAGCGACAAGAAUAGGAGACAAGAGGGUGCCUCUGCUGCAGGGGACUCCCAGAAGGAUGGCAAGCGGGAAACAAAUCGGGAAACAGAAUGGGACAGAGAGGGCCACAAGGACAUGCAAAAAGAGGAGGCUGAGAAGUGGAACAAGAAGAAGAAGGCACAACCACCCCCUCCACUCAUCCAUCCUUCCUCUCUCUCAUCCUCUCGGCCCCUUCAUUCUAAAUGGAAAGUAGGGGAUGCAUGCAGUGCUGUAUGGUCACAGGAUGGAUGUGUAUAUCCAGCAACAGUUUUAUCCAUUGACCGAGAGACUGGAACAUGUGUGGUACAGUAUGAUGGAUAUGGAAAUACUGAAAGACACCAACUGGAUGAAAUCGUAUCAGUGGGGAGUAGUGGGGAUAGUACUCCCCCUGUUAGACAGUGGAAAGUUGGUGAUCGUUGUUCAGUACAGUGGUCUGAAGAUGGACAGAUCUAUUCUGCUAUUAUUCGCUCAGUGGAUGAGGUGCUGGGAACCUGUGUGGUGGUGUAUGAGGGGUAUAAAAAUGAGGAGGAGCAGAAUUUGGCUGACCUGAUGCCCCCAACCACUGCUUUCCCUCGCAGUCGCGGCAAGAAGCAGGCGAGUCCUGCACGUCUAGGACUGGACAGCUCAGGGGAUGAGGAGGACACUGAUUGGCAGUAUACACGCAGAAGUUCCACCUCAUCCCCUGAUAUUUCACGUAAUUGGAGGAAACAAGGGAAAAAGUCUGACUGGAUAUAUACCUUCCCUCCUCCCCCCCCACCACCACCUCCUCCUCCCCCACCACCUCCUUCACUACCUCCUCCUCCACCCCCAAAGGGUUGUUUUUGGCCCCCACCUCCUCCUCCUGUGAGGGCCCAUCUACCAACAUGGCACAGCUGGCCUCCGUCGGCACCAUUACCCCCUCCUCCCCCGCCACCUCCUUUCUUUAGCACAGACUGGGAGGAUUAUGAUGAGGAUGAGCAAGAAGAUGAAGAUGUUUUAGCCUGUAUGCUAAUGGCUUGGUAUAUGACUGGAUAUCACACUGGUUUCUACAAGGGCCUCAAACAAGGAAGGGCAGAGGCCUUGAGACCCAACCUAAAAAAAGGACCAAGGAGAAAAUAGACCAGAAUGAUGAAGACUGCAGGAUUAUCUCUCCCAUGGAGAAUGCAGGACAGACAGACUUCUCCAGCCUCCUCCUGCACACUGGCAGCCUUUCCCUCUCAACUCCAUGCUUGUGGAUGCUAAUGUACCCAAACACAGAGAUCUGCAAAGUGUGAUAAUAAAACUAAGCUUGUUUACAUUC